AUGGCUGUCAGUAUAAAUUUGAAGCUUGGACGAUGCGCUUCCUCUCGUCGCUUUGGUUUUUUUUGUUUGUGCAAUUUGACGAAAAUGUUAUCGUGUGUGAUUAUAUGUGGCAUCAAUUAUGGAGAUAUUUGGAUGCAGUGACCUGAUAACUCCCUUGUUGUGCAAGGAUAAAUUAUACGAUCUGAAGUGAUUGAAAAACUGCCAAAAUGACCUCAAGGUUAGACCGUCUAUUCGUGCUGCUAGAGGCGGGGGCCGGCGCGGCCACCCGGCGGGCCGCCGCCAGGCAGCUGGGCGAAGUGCAGAAGGCCCACCCUGAGGAGUUACACCGGCUGCUGAGCAGGCUCAUGAAGCACCUGCGCUCGCCGGCCUGGGAGACCAGGAUCGCGGCCUCACAGGCGGUAGAAGCGAUAUUGGCAAACGUACCGGAAUGGCAUCCAUCUCCGUUUACGGGCAAAAAAGAAGAGAAAGAGAAGUCAGAUCUGGAAGAGAGCGGACGGCUGCGCUGUGAGACGUUCGACAUCGAGCGCGUGCUGCUCAACGGCGCGCACCUCAUGGGCUCCGAGGGCCACGAGUACGACAUGGACGAGGAGGCCAUGUCUGCUGCCGGUGAGUGCUGUCCUGCAGCGGGACAAGAGAAGCAGAGGACAGAUCUGGAGAGCGGGCGGCUGCGCUGCGAGACGUUCGACAUCGAGCGCGUGCUGCUCAACGGCGCGCACCUCAUGGGCUCCGAGGGCCACGAGUACGACAUGGACGAGGAGGCCAUGUCUGCUGCCGAGAGCGGGCGGCUGCGCUGCGAGACGUUCGACAUCGAGCGCGUGCUGCUCAACGGCGCACACCUCAUGGGCUCCGAGGGCCACGAGUACGACAUGGACAAGGAGGCCAUGUCUGCUGCCGGUGAGUGCUGUCCUGCAGCGGGACAAGAGAAGCAGAGGACAGAUCAAGAGAGCGGGCGGCUGCGCUGCGAGACGUUUGACAUCGAGCGCGUGCUGCUCAACGGCGCGCACCUCAUGGGCUCCGAGGGCCACGAGUACGACAUGGACGAGGAGGCCAUGUCUGCUGCCGACUUAAAUGAGCGGAUCCUGAAGCAACGUCAGCAGUUGAACGCGCGUCUUGGCUUGGACAUAGCGGCGAACCUUGGGGUAGACCUGGCCUCCGUCUACAGCAACGAGGACCUAUGCCCUACGAGGCAGCAAACUAUUAAGACUGAAAUUCCCAGGAGGCCAGUUCAAGAGCUAGUCCCUAUAGCGUCAUCGAAGCCACUCAGCUCGCGGGAGAUGAACCUCGCCAAGCGGAAAGCUCGGGCUGCGUUCAGCAAACAAAAGUCGCGGGACUGCAGCGAGGAAGGCCCGUCCGCACCCCCCACGCCGCCUAUAGAACCUGAUCGGAAGAAGAUCAAGUUGGAACCACUGGAUGAGUUUGCUGUGGAAAACAGUAGUCCAGUGCCAGACUGCACAGGUGUUUGGGGGGAGUCAGUGCGGUGGCCUCUCGAGUGGUGGUGCUCAGCGCUUCAAGCGCAGCUGUUCAGCGCUGCUUGGGAAUCGAGGCACGGGGCGGCCAGCGCUUUGAGAGAGCUACUGCGAGCGAGGAUAGUGGCUUCGGCGGGCAUACAGGCCGACGUGUCGAAAGAACAAAUGGACGAUGCCCACCAAGAAUGGUUAGAAGAUAUGGCGCUGCGGUUGCUAUGUGUCUUAGCUCUAGAUAGGUUCGGUGAUUUUGUUUCCGAUCAGGUAGUAGCACCAGUGCGUGAAACUUGCGCGCAAACUCUAGGCGUAGCGUUCGCGCAGAUGAGGCCAGACCGCGUGCGCAAAGUCGCUGGCUUGCUGACAAUACUAGCUAGGCAGUCGCAGUGGGAAGCCAGGCACGGAGCGUUGUUGGGCUUCAAGUAUCUGCUCGCUGCAAGACAGGAGGCAGGCGUAGAAUGCGGCGCAGUGGAACAACUCGUGUCUGGUCUCGAAGACGUAGCUGAAGACGUGUCGGCGGCCGCGGCCAGUGCCCUCGCUGCCCAAGCGUCUGCCGCCGCGCCGCACGCGCCGAGACUUGCUGCGCGAUUGUGGACCUUACUGCAGAUGCAAGACGACCUAGCUGCGCCAGCAAACGCCUAUCUAGCGCUGCUGGCCGCGCUGUGCUCGCUGCCUGAAGCCGCUAGUUUAUUACACCCCAUUGAUCUCUCGGACGUGCUCCCCCGCCUAUGGCCGUACCUCGACCACUCGACGAGCUCGGUUCGCAAAGCAGCCCUCCAAACCCUCAGGACUCUCACCAGACCUCUCAUCACGAGCACGCCGAAAAACAACGGCGUCGAAAACGGCGGCGAAAACGUGCCCAACGGAGACUGUAACCCAGACCGGUUCCUGAUGUGGACGCCGGAAUUAUUGCAAGAGGCUAUGAGACACGUUUACCAAAGGAUACUGUUCGAACAUGUCCAUGAAAUACAAGAAAUUGCGAUACAGGUGUGGGAGAACUUCCUUCAGCACGCGUCACUCGGAGUGAUCCUGGUGGCAGCGUGCCCCGUGCUGGCCACGUGGCUGUGCCUCGCCAUGCAGCCGGCGCGCCUGCCCGCCGAGCCCGGCCUGCUGCUGCAGCCGCCGUCUAAGCGUGCCCCGUGCUGGCCACGUGGCUGUGCCUCGCCAUGCAGCCGGCGCGCCUGCCCGCCGAGCCCGGCCUGCUGCUGCAGCCGCCGUCUAAGGUACGAAGGCUCCCUCCAGCACGCGUCACUCGGAGUGAUCCUGGUGGCAGCGUGCCCCGUGCUGGCCACGUGGCUGUGCCUCGCCAUGCAGCCGGCGCGCCUGCCCGCCGAGCCCGGCCUGCUGCUGCAGCCGCCGUCUAAGCGUGCCCCGUGCUGGCCACGUGGCUGUGCCUCGCCAUGCAGCCGGCGCGCCUGCCCGCCGAGCCCGGCCUGCUGCUGCAGCCGCCGUCUAAGGUACGAAGGCUCCCUCCAGCACGCGUCACUCGGAGUGAUCCUGGUGGCAGCGUGCCCCGUGCUGGCCACGUGGCUGUGCCUCGCCAUGCAGCCGGCGCGCCUGCCCGCCGAGCCCGGCCUGCUGCUGCAGCCGCCGUCUAAGGGCACUCACAGCAGUAGUAAGCAGCAGCAGGUCAAUAGACACGUCGCUGUUGAACCGCGUGACGAUGGCGUGUCGCUGGUGCGGCGGCACGCUCCCGUCGAGCCGCAGCAGAACUCCGCCGACACGCUCCUGAAGGCCUUCCUGAGGUGUGACCCAGAAGUGACGCCGCGUGUGUCGCUGGAAUGCACCGAGGAAGGCGACUCGGCCAGCGGCGACAGUGGGCCUGAAACUGUUAAAUCAGAUGCAACCGCCGCCGCAGCCGCCACUCAUGGACCUACAAUGGACAAAUACAAAGGCAUCCUCACACUACGCGAGCAACAACGCGCCUGCGAGGCGGGCGGCCCGCGCCGCGGCCGGCCCCCCGCGAACCACCCCCCGCCCGCCGCUAACCCCCACCACGAGCUGUUGCAGCACGAGGACGAGGCCCGUAAACUACUUAGAAUACAAAGAAGAGGAGCAACGUACGCGCUCACAAGUCUGACCAAAUAUUUCAACAACGAACUACCUCAAAAACUGCCUAAGCUGUGGGAAUUCAUCACUGAACCACUAUUGAAGAUAAUGACUGAUGCUGAGCUGGAAAGCCAAGAAGUGGAGCCAGCCGAAGAACUAAUAUCCCGCCUGCAAGUGUUCGAAGCGGUCAGCGCUCACGUAGGAGUUGACCUUUGGCCUCAGCUGUGCCCGGGCGGUGCGCAAGCGUGUUGUGUACUAGCGCGUCAUAUUCAUACUGCUGUGAGGCACAUGGCGGCACGCGCUUUGGCAGCAAUGGCUGCGAGGGACCCUACGCCUGUCAUGCACACCGUGAUCAAUGAGCUAAUCCCACUGCUGAGCGACGUGCGUUGCGAGCGAGCGCGUUGCGGCGCGGCGGAAGCGCUAGCGCGAACAGUGGAGUCGCUGCAACUGCGAGUGGUGCCUUACAUUGUAUUGCUGGUGGUACCUCUGCUUGGCCGCAUGAGCGAUCACUGCGAAGCCGUCCGCGUAAUGUCAACGCGCUGCUUCGCGUCUCUAAUCCAGCUGAUGCCGCUGGACGGCGCCGUGGCCGAGCCGCCCGGCCUGGCGCCCGACGUGCGCGCGCGCCGGCUCAGAGACAAGCACUUCCUGGAGAAGCUGUUCAACCCCAAGUCCAUACAGGACUACAAGAUACCCGUGCCCGUGUCGGCGGAGCUGAGGAGCUACCAGCAGGCGGGCGUGAACUGGCUGCGCUUCCUCUAUGAGUACAAGCUGCACGGCGUGCUAUGCGACGACAUGGGUCUGGGCAAGACGCUGCAGUCCAUCGUUGUAGUGGCCGGCUCGCAUUGGGAGCGCGCGCGCGCACAGCAACCGUCGCUGCCUUCGCUCGUCGUGUGCCCGCCAACGCUCACAGGCCACUGGGUGUUCGAAGUGAACAAAUUCAUCCCUUGCAAGUUCCUGCGCCCGCUACAAUACGUAGGCCCACCGGUGGAACGGGAGCGAUUAAGAGCUCACGUACGCCACUACAAUCUCAUCGUAGCCUCUUACGACAUCGUGCGGAAAGAUAUCCACUUCUUCAGCACUAUUAAGUGGAACUACUGCGUGUUGGAUGAGGGACACGUCAUCAAGAAUGGCAAGACCAAAGCGUUUAAAGCGAUCAAGCAGCUGGUCGCUAAUCAUAGACUGAUACUGUCGGGCACGCCGAUACAGAACAACGUGCUAGAGCUGUGGUCUCUAUUCGACUUCCUGAUGCCGGGCCUGUUGGGCACCGAGCGCCAGUUCACGGCGCGCUACUCGCGGCCCAUCCUCGCCGCGCGUGAUGCCAAGGCCACGCCGCACCAGCUGCAGGCCGGUGCGCUGGCCUGUGAGGCCCUGCAUCGACAGGUGUUACCCUUCCUCCUCCGUCGUGUCAAAGAAGACGUGCUAAAGGAGCUGCCUCCGAAGAUCACGCAGGACUACUACUGCGAGCUCAGCGCUUUACAGCGGCGCUUGUACGAGCACUUCUCGCGAGAGCACAUGCCGCAUGACAUCACCAGCCACACGCAUGUUUUCCAGCUAUCUGUAACGCGUAUUAAGUCAUGCGCUCUCCGUCAUGCACUGGAUGCUGGACAUUGGGAGCAGGACCUGCUGAAGCGGCACCUGCCCGGCGUCACGUACCUGCGGCUCGACGGGAGCGUGCCGCCGCACCAGCGACACGCCAUCGUCACGCGGUUCAACAGCGACGUGUCUAUUGACCUGCUGCUGCUUACUACUGCUCUAUCUGUAACGCGUAUUAAGUCAUGCGCUCUCCGUCAUGCACUGGAUGCUGGACAUUGGGAGCAGGACCUGCUGAAGCGGCACCUGCCCGGCGUCACGUACCUGCGGCUCGACGGGAGCGUGCCGCCGCACCAGCGACACGCCAUCGUCACGCGGUUCAACAGCGACGUGUCUAUUGACCUGCUGCUGCUUACUACUGCUCUAUCUGUAACGCGUAUUAAGUCAUGCGCUCUCCGUCAUGCACUGGAUGCUGGACAUUGGGAGCAGGACCUGCUGAAGCGGCACCUGCCCGGCGUCACGUACCUGCGGCUCGACGGGAGCGUGCCGCCGCACCAGCGACACGCCAUCGUCACGCGGUUCAACAGCGACGUGUCUAUUGACCUGCUGCUGCUUACUACUGCUGUGAGUGUUCUUUACGUCACGCGUUUGCCGUUUCGCGCGUUUCGUCACGCAUUUUUUGUCACGCCCUUCAACAACAACGUUACUAUCGACCUGUUGCUGCUCACCAUUGCAGAGCGCCUGCCCUUUGCGUCACACGGUAUUCGUCGCGAGCUAUCUGUAACGCGUAUUAAGUCAUGCGCUCUCCGUCAUGCACUGGAUGCUGGACAUUGGGAGCAGGACCUGCUGAAGCGGCACCUGCCCGGCGUCACGUACCUGCGGCUCGACGGGAGCGUGCCGCCGCACCAGCGACACGCCAUCGUCACGCGGUUCAACAGCGACGUGUCUAUUGACCUGCUGCUGCUUACUACUGCUGUGGGCGGUCUAGGUCUGAACCUGACGGGUGCGGACACGGUGGUGUUCGUGGAACACGACUGGAACCCGAUGAAGGACGCGCAGGCCAUGGACCGCGCGCACCGGAUCGGGCAGCGUAAGGUCGUCAAUGUGUAUCGCCUCAUUACCCGCGGCACGCUCGAGGAGAAGAUUAUGGGAUUACAAAAGUUCAAGCUGCAAACGGCGAAUACAGUCAUCAGCAGCGAGAACGCCGCCAUGGAAACCAUGGGCACGGACCAGCUGCUCGACCUGUUCCAGCUGUCGGCCCAGGGGCCCGCGCCCGCCGGGCCCAGCGCCGGGCCCUCGCUGGCGCUGCCCGGGCCUUCCGGGCCCCGCGUCAUCGAGGCGCUGCCCGACCUGUGGGACGACAAGCAGUACGAGGAGGAAUAUGACAUGUCCAACUUCAUCAAGGGACUGAAUAAGAUUACCGGCAGUUAAAGGACGAAAUUAAGAGCCCUUAUGCCCGUUUUCACCAUCAAUCCCUAAUUUUUAAGUGACCCCUAUGGAAACACUUAACAGGAAUUUGGUAUCCAUAUGGGUCACUUAAAAGUUACGGAUUGAUGGUGAAAACGGGCAUUAACCUCUUACCUACGGGAGGCACCUAUUGUUGCCAAGUCAAAAGUCACUUCUCAAUACGGGUGGCAUCUAUUGCUGUUUUGGCAAAGCCAAUACUAAAUCACGGUUUACGACAAAAAAACAAUAAAAUGGCAAAUUAAGUGUAAAAUGCGCUUGUAAUUAUGAAACUACAUUAGUUGCAGAAUAUAAUAUUCCAAAUUUUAAUACUGUUAGUCUCAUACUUUUUACAAACAAUUUGACAACUUAAAAUACCCCGAAUUGAGAGGCGCACUUUGGUUUCCAAUAGUCCGUAGGGAAAGGGUUAAAAACAUCAUUUUUAGCCCAGACUGCAAACUUUUUGUCGGCCGAAAGUUUAGUCGGGCAGUUAAUCAAUAUGGGCAUGUAUAGAAGUGCGCACAUUACACCGAUUGAUUCUUCAUACAAAUUAGAAUCGGGCCCAACUAUCGGCCGACUUAAAAUUGGUGGUCUGCACGUAGGCUUAGUUUUUUCCGGUAUCGUCGAUUUUAAUCAGUACCGGACUACUGUGACCCCGAAUUCGUAUCUGGCCGAAUCGGAAUUUUUGAAUGCAAUGUUGCCAAAUAUGUUGCUCGUUUGUCAUUUACAAAUCAUAAAGCCACGUUUUCACUAGGACAUGUCGCAGAGAUAAGUCGUCCGACAUUCACGUAGUUUGUCUCUGCAACUUUGUCCCUCGACAUAUGACUUGUUCACACUAGCCAUUAGUGCAUAGAGCAUCGACAAGCGAUAAGUCUCGCGACCCGUAGAUGUCGCAAGCGACGUCGGGCGACAUCGCGCGGGACACGUGAAUUUCGUGUCGAGCGACAAAGUCGCGGGAUAAUUAAUGUCUCCUAGUGAAAACGCGGCACACUGCAAAGAAAUAGCAGUUAGGAUGUUUUAAUAUUGUGAAAAUAAAAUUUGCAAUUACGAUUAAAUUAACAUUUUCUAACAGUCUGAAUUAAAAAUGAAAAUUACAUUAAAAACUGAUCAAACAAAUUAAAACUAUCCCAUUGCUUGUUCUUGAAUCACUUGUCUACUAGUGAUUAAUUUUAGUACUUUAGAAAAUGAGCUGUUUUUCCAAACAAUUAGAUGCUUAUAGACCAACAGAGUUAGAAUAACGGCGUAGUUGUAUAGA